GCGUCUUUUAAAGAGCGAGCCCAAAAGAUUGGGGUCACGCCCGAGGUCCUACAGGAGCUGGCCGAGGCAGGGUACACUACAUUCGGUAGGCGGCUAUUGUUCGAGGCUAACUCCUUGAAUAUCGCAGAUUUACAUGCCAGGGUCGAGCCUCCAGCUGAAAACAUUGUCAGACGCUUGCCUGCUGCAGAGCGGGCGGCCAGGGCCCAGGCUCAACAGGCACGGUUGGCUGGGGUGGUGUUCACUCCGGACACUACUCCGGCAAAUAGCUUAGUAGAUCUCUUCGUUGAUCAGCUGGAGAGCGACAUCUUGCAGUACAUAGGUCCUGAGCGCUGUGUGUCCCGCUCGCAAGAGAUGAUGUCUGUCAAAAAGGACAAGACCCUCAACGUCGACCCCGAGGGUAGGAUCCGCGUCACGGCCAAGCCUAACGAGCUCAGGUGUGAAACUUCGUCGGAUGCCAAGCUGAGAGCUGCCUGGGGCCGUCGUUCGCUUGCCAUGGAUCUUGCAGGGAUUUGUUCGUACAUCGAGAUUGAAAAGUGGGUGCAGCAUUUGUUCUCAAUUCAAGCUCGCGAGGUGCCGAAGGGAAUGGCACCCAUCAGUGUUAAUCAGCUCAUACAAGCUGACCGUGCCCUGUUUCUUCACGCGUCGGAAAAGCUGAUGGGUCAGCUGUCAGCCCCAGCGGGUGCUCCCAAACCUUUGGAUGGCGUCAUAAAGGAUCUUAUGCACUCCCAGGAGGUUUUACAAUUCGUGCAGCCGGUGCCGCGAGUGCCGGAUCCCCCGCAACCUUGGCAACCUUGGAAGCCCACUGGAAAGGGUCGUAAAGGCAAGGAUGACCCUAAGAAAGGGAAAGGUUUGCACGUCUGCUGGAAGGACCAGUCCACUGCCACCAUCGGUGGUACCGUGCCUUCGCCCCCAGCUGAGGCGUUGCCAAACUCGCAAGGUCGUCGCCAAGGCGACGAGUUUUCCAAGUCCUUUGUUUCAGGCCACACAUAUACAUCUUUUGCUCUCUUCUCGCAGCUUGAAGCUUCGGUGCAUGUGGACUCCCAUAACCUGCCUGGGAGUCUUAAUGCAGUCUUCGCUCUCUCCGACUUUCAGGAUGGGAACAUAAUUGUUGAGGAUGUGCAAGGCCCCGAACAUGCCACUUAUCGGGGACGCAUCUUGUCAGGCCGGGUCGUUCCUUUUGUGAAUCAUGUUCUGCAGUUUGAUGCUCAGUCCCAGCGUCACUGGACUCAGCCUUGGAAGGGGACGCGUCAGGUGCUAGUGGCAUAUAGCGUUUCCCUCAAGGGACUCACCCAGCCCGACCUCGACUUCUUGCGCGGCUUGAACUUUCAGCUACCUGCGCCCAUCGGCGACCCACACGUGUUGCCGGAUGCUCGACCUUGGGCAUUCGAAAUCUUUGCGGGGUCCGCUUCCUUGUCCAAGGCCUCUGCGGUGAGCAUUUUAUGGGACUUGAUCCGAAGGGUCCAGCCUGCGUUGAAAGCGGCUGGGGCACCCGAACCUCGUCCGCUUCGCGACGCACUACACCCCCUAGGUCCUGCGCUCGCGUGGUCAGCCGCGGCAGGAGUCUACGACUCCAUGCAGCUCUACUGCGACAACAAGCAUGAGCACGCUCCGUGGAGUGUGCAGCGCAUCAACGGACGGUGGCAUUUUGCCACCUCCUCUGAGGCCGCAUACCCGGCCCUCAUGGCGGCAAGAAUGGCACGAUGCCUUUUGGACUUUCUGCGCCCCAGCCUCGGCUCACUCUCGGCUCGCCCUGCAAACGUGUCUGCAGCUACGGCUACUGCUGGCCGCCAGUCUAAAAAGCAUGCCCCUCUCGUUCCCGAGUUUGCUCGUGUCUCGACGAUGCCUUCUCCACAAGUCCAGAAAGGCAUGAAAAUCUUGCGUGAAGUCUCUUUUCAAGGGGAGAAGUCGGGAGACGUGCAAGAUUUUUCCGGAAAAGUGGAGCCCUCCCCUGCCGAUUUGGUAAAAGUGGGCAUCUACCACACGCCUAGCGAGCACGUGGCUGAGGCGAUGGAGUUAGAACAUCCCUUUGAUGUCAAUCAUGCGGUUUCUCCCAUCACUGUGGAAGCCAUUGACUUCUUGAUGAGCUCAAGCCCUGAACAGGUCGUGUUGCACCGCAAACUUGCCUUGCUCAAGCUGCAGCUGCUCAUCAAGAGAACAGAGAAGGAGGAAGCAGCCCUGCAUGACAGCAUGCCUCCGUCUGUUGCAAAGGUGAUGCGUGGGAAGAAGCUAGUGGCCCUAAGGAUUCUGCUAGAGCAGGAGGGGUAUGAUGACAUGGAGUCCCUACGCUUUCUUUCCGAGGGAGUAAAGGUCAUGGGUUCGGAGCCUCACCCCCCGUGUUUCGAUAAGAAAGUUAAACCUGCCACACUGACCGAGAUGGAUCUGCGAGAAACAGCCGAGGCGAGAAGACGAGCCAUCACCGGAAGCAGCACAAGGGAUGAUUCUUGCAAAGCCUCCAUCCUGCAGGAGGUGACGCAGGAAGAAGUAAACCUUGGCUUUCUUGAUGGGCCGUAUUCUGCUGAAGAAAUUUCAAAUUUGGUAGGGCAUGAAAACUGGUGUGUGAUACGCAGGUUUUUGAUUGAACAGGGAGCCAAGCACCGUCCAAUCGAUGAUGCCUGUCAAUCUCAAACCAACGCGGCAUACAGUGCGACUAUUAAGUUAGAAUUGCAUAAUGCCGACUACAUCGCAUGCAUUGCCCUCUUGAUUGCGAAGAAGAUCAAAGGUGGAGAGCAGAGGUUUGGAUCAGGCGAGUGGACAGGCAAGUGCCUGGACCUGACCAAAGCCUACAAGCAGAUUGCGCUCCAUCCCUCUCACCGGGAUCUCUGCGUAACCUACUUCAAAGGUGCGGAUGGUAAAGACCGUUUCUACCUUCCUAACUCCUUGAUGUUUGGCGCGUCAGCGGCCGUCUUCGGGUUCAUUAGGGUAAGUAGGUGUCUGCACUUCUUGGUUAACAGGUUCUUGAAAGUUCCUUCAGCGGUUUACUUCGACGACUUCCCCCUCUUCACUCCGGUGGAAGGGGCGGAAGCGAUGGACGAAGCUGUGAGCCAGUUCCUAUCCCUACUGGGCUGGGAUCACGCACGUACGGGUGCUAAAGGAAAGCCAUGUGCACCCGCAUUCGACGUGUUGGGCAUGACGCUUGACCUGUCCAAGGUGCAACAGGGCUUGGUCACCUUGAAAAACAAGCCGGGACGGGCUGAGAAAAUCUUGGAUGAGUUUGCUAAGGUAAACUCUCCUGAGGCUAUCACGCGUCACCAGGUGCAGGUUUUGCACGGGCUUCUGAACUUUGCAGCUGGCUUCUUCUCAGGGAGAUCGCUCAAGCAUCUGUGUUAUGAUUUGCUUGAAUUUCUUGAAUGGCGCGGAGAGGUGGCCUUCGACAGAUUGCAAGGCCUCGCAGAAAGAACUCGAGCCAUCCUUAACAACACUCCCCCUAGGGUGCUUUCUUGCUUGUUUGUGCCUGAGCCCAUCCUUGUCUGGACCGACGGGUCUUGGGAAGACGGAGUGGCUGGCAUAGGCGCGUGCAUUUGGGAUCCCUUGGUUAAGGUUGGCAGGGUCCUCUCGGGUUUCGUUCCUUCGUGGGCGUUGGAAACUUGGAGGGCAGACUUCGAGCACAACGAUAAAGAGCCUCAGCUGAUCUGUCACAUUGAACUCUUCGUGAUAGUAGCUGUGCGUUGGAUCUUCCGAGACCAGUUCUUGAACAGAAGGCUCGUUCUGUUUGUGGACAACGAGGCUUCAAGGUUUGCCAUCUUGAAAGGUGGCAGCGGCAGCAGAGGAAUGAAUACUCUCAUUCGCGCUUUUGAUUCCUUGGAUGUGAUGCAUCCGUGCUUCUACUGGCUUGAUCGAGUCCCGUCGUUCAGCAAUGUAGCGGAUGGCCCUUCCAGGCAGGAGUCAGACCUUGCAGUCGGGCUUUUGAAAGCUCCUUCGGUCGAAGACUUCACGUGGCCGCAAGGGCUAGAGGAGAUGAUCGUAGCAGAGCGCAAGAGGAAAGGGGAGAUUCGCGCUUGA